AUGAGUGUGAUUGUUAGAGAGCUUAAUCCGGCGGUUUACAAAGUUGGAGGCUUGGUAAAGGCUCUCCCUCUGAUAUGGGGACUAGAGGACUGGGUUCAAGGUGGAGGAGUGGGAGAUAACAGAGUGCAGUUCAUCUUUCAAAAUGGAAAUGAUCUUCAGUAUGUUCUAUCGAGAGGACCUUGGUUUGUAAAUGGGUGGAUAGUGGCUCUGAAUCAAUGGUGUCCAAAUCCAUAUAGAAGUUUCCUCAACCAGAUUCCAUUCUGGAUCCGUAUACGAGGGUUUCCUAUUCACCUGUUGAAGAAACAAGCUAUUGAAUCAUUGGUUAAGCCACUAGGCCAUGUAGACAAGGUUGAGAUUCAUGCUAAAAACUCUUAA